UGCGUAAAUAAUUUAUAUAAUUAAAAUUUUUAAUGAUUUUUACACUAAUGAUUUUCUCGAAAAGAGGUGAAUUAUUGAGGAAUCUUAUGAUAAAUCCGCCAAUUUUAUAAUUAUUUGGGAAAUAAAUAAAUUUGUGGUUUAUUUAAUAAAAUAAAAUUAAUAUAAUAAUUAUAUAUCAAGAUAGUGUAGGAAUCUUUAAAAAAUAGUGGAAAACACUUUUUUAAAAAUUCGAUCUUGAAUUUUACAUUUACACACUCUAAAAAAUUAGAUCCAAAUUAAUUUAUAUAUAAUUAACACUAAAUGCAUGUUUAUUUAAAAAAAUACAGAGUGAAAAUAGGUGAAAUUUUGUGGGUAAAGAGGGGUUAAUAUGACAAAGGAUCCAGGGUGUGCCCUACUUUGUAGUGUGUGGCAAAUAAACAUUUUUAAAAUCACUUCCUAUUUUUGAUAAUGGCUAGGACUAAGCAGACAGCCCGUAAAUCAACUGGUGGUAAAGCACCCAGAAAGCAACUCGCCUCUAAGGCCGCAAGAAAAACCGCUCCCGUCACCGGUGGUGUCAAGAAACCACAUAGGUAUCGUCCAGGUACCGUAGCUCUCAGGGAAAUUAGGAGGUACCAAAAAUCCACAGAGCUUUUGAUCAGAAAAUUGCCCUUCCAAAGGCUCGUCCGUGAAGUGGCUCAGGAUUUCAAAACUGACUUGAGGUUCCAAUCAAGCGCAGUUUUGGCACUUCAAGAAGCUGCUGAGGCUUACCUUGUUGGUCUCUUUGAGGACACCAACUUGUGUGCUAUCCACGCCAAGAGGGUCACCAUCAUGCCAAAAGAUGUACAUUUGGCCAGGAGACUCAGAGGUGAGAGGGCAUAAGCCACUCACUCUCCCUCAACAGUUGUAACAUUUGUGCAGAAUGGAUUCUAGUAUUCAAUUCUAGCACCAGCGAUCACUCGCUUAGAAUUAGUUUCGCAUUGACUUUUUUGGAAGUAAUCUAGUUGUAAUCAGGGCUUCACUUGAAGCCGUCUAAUGUAUCUAAUGUUUUUU